AUGGAUCAGAUUCCAAGUAUCUUAUAUGCUGAUGAGAACUUCAAAACAUGGCUGAUACUCGGCGCUAGCCGAGGCAUUGGCCUAGAAUUCGUCAAACAGUUGCUCGCGAAGAACGAACGCAUCAUAGCUACUGUGAGAGAGCCUUGGGCCGGGCAUGCCAGUGGCCUGUGGGGACAAGCGGGUGGCGAUCAUGGCCGAUGUCAAAUGUACACAUGCGAUAUCUUGUCUGAACAGAGCAUCGAAAAAUUCGUCGCGCAACUGGCAGCACAGCCGAACCUGAAGAUCGACUAUGUAGUACUAAAUGCAGGAGUGCUAAGGUACCCGAAUAGGGCCACUGAGCUAUCGUUUGAUGAAUUCGCUUUCCAUUUACACACAAACACCAUCGGGCCCAUCGUCGCAGCACAGAAGCUUCUGCAAACAAAAAUCCCCAUAGGCACAAUUGUCUUCAUGUCCAGUGACUCGGGUUCCCAUGGCAAAUUUCUUGAGAUGGAGGAUGGGUUUGCCGCAUAUGCUGCGUCCAAGGCUGCACUAAACAUGGCAGCGAGGCACAUGGCCGCUGAAUUGAAGCGGAAGGACGACGAUACAAUCAUCUUAUGCAUGCAUCCAGGUGAAGUAGCGACUGACAUGGCAAACAUUGAAAUCCCAUGGACUAUAGAGGGUCUCAUUUCACCAGAAGAAUCGGUUUCAAAGAUGAUUGAAGUGAUCACGACCAAAGGCAUACAGCACAGCGGCACCUUCUGGACAUGGGAGAACAAGCCUUAUAUUUGGUAG